ACCUCCUAUUCCUUCCUUGUUCUUGGAAUUUUUUUGUUUUAAUUUUAUUUUCUUAACUGAGUGUUUCUUCUCAUAUCAUUUUCAUGUUCCCUACCUCACCUAUAUUUUGCUUCUGCUUUUGAUCACCCCUUAAUGGGUUUCUCUCCUCUCUAGCAUGUGCCAUUCCUUUGUUUAAUCACAAAAGCUGAUUUCCUUUUCCUUUCCCUUCUAACUUGCCAAGCUUGAAUUUUUCCCAGUUGGGGUUCCUCAGAAUUCCCCUCGGAAUUUGGUUUUCUCUCCAGGGAAUUCUUCCAUAUUCAUGUGCUUGCUUGAUCCUUUGCCAAAAUUUCCUUUCUUGAGCCUCAAACUAUGGUCUAAAACUCUAAAUUUGUACACUUUAUUUUUUUGUUUCCCAUCUCAAGUUCUCAACUUUACAAUCCUGUGAUCUUCAUUUCCAAUCCCUUGAAAAUUCCUGUUUUUUUUUUUUUUCUUUUUUGGUAAUUUCCUUUCUGGGUUUUUGAUUCCAUGGGACUCUGUCAUGGAAAACCCAUCGAAACCCACCAAUCUCAAUCCGAGAUCACCACAAUUCAAGACUCAAACUUUCCUCCAACGAAUUCCCAGACAGGAAAAUCCUCAAACUUUCCAUUUUACAGCCCAAGUCCUCUCCCAAGUCUCUUCAAGAACUCACCUGCAAAUUCCAAUUCCAAUUCAAGUGUUAGCUCAACGCCCUUGAGAAUCUUCAAAAGACCAUUUCCACCUCCUUCACCGGCGAAGCAUAUCCGGGCAUUGCUUGCCCGAAGACAUGGCUCCAUCAAGCCCAAUGAGGCCUCAAUACCUGAGGGAAGUGAGUGUGAUGUUGGUUUGGACAAGAAUUUUGGAUUCUCCAAGCAUUUUGGAGCUCAUUAUGAACUUGGUGAAGAAGUGGGACGAGGGCAUUUUGGGUAUACUUGCUCGGCUAAGGCAAAGAAAGGGAGUUUGAAAGGAAUGGAUGUGGCUGUCAAGGUCAUUCCAAAAUCAAAGAUGACGACAGCAAUUGCAAUUGAGGAUGUCAGGAGAGAAGUGAAGAUACUACGUGCUUUGACGGGGCACAAGAACCUAGUGCAGUUCUAUGAUGCCUAUGAAGAUGAUGACAAUGUUUAUGUGGUGAUGGAGUUGUGCAAAGGAGGUGAACUAUUGGACAGAAUUCUUUCAAGGGGGGGAAAAUAUUCUGAAGAAGAUGCAAAGGCUGUUAUGGUUCAGAUUUUGAGUGUGGUUUCUUUCUGUCAUCUCCAAGGCGUCGUACACCGUGACCUCAAGCCAGAGAAUUUUCUUUUUGUAUCAAAGGAGGAGAAUGCCACACUGAAGGCCAUUGAUUUUGGACUUUCUGACUACGUAAAGCCAGAUGAGAGAUUGAAUGAUAUUGUAGGAAGUGCAUAUUAUGUAGCUCCCGAAGUUCUACAUAGGUCGUAUGGGACAGAAGGAGACAUGUGGAGUAUCGGUGUGAUUGCUUACAUCCUUCUAUGUGGAAGUCGACCGUUUUGGGCACGAACUGAAUCUGGUAUCUUCCGAGCUGUUCUCAAGGCAGAUCCAAGCUUUGAUGAGGCCCCAUGGCCGUCUUUAUCUUCUGAUGCAAUAGAUUUUGUAAAGAGACUUUUAAACAAGGAUUUCCGUAAGAGGCUAACAGCUGCUCAGGCUCUAAGUCAUCCAUGGUUAGCCAAUUAUCACGAUGUUAAGAUACCGACGGACAUGAUAGUGUACAAGCUUGUAAAAGCUUAUGUAUGCUCAUCUUCGCUACGGAAAUCAGCAUUAGGGGCUCUUGCUAAGACAUUAUCAGUAGCACAGCUAGCGUAUUUGCGGGACCAAUUUACAUUGUUGGGUCCAAACAAAAGUGGAUUCAUCUCUAUGCAGAACUUUAAGACAGGCGUUGUGAAGAACUCGACUGAUGCCAUGAAGGAUUCGCGAGUUACAGAUUAUGUAAACAUGAUUAGCUCCAUUCAAUAUAGAAAACUGGAUUUCGAAGAAUUCUGUGCUGCUGCCAUAAGUGUACAUCAGCUGGAAGGAAUGGAAACCUGGGAGCAACAUGCAAGGCGGGCCUAUGAGCUGUUUGAGAAAGAUGGAAACAGACCAAUUAUGAUUGAGGAACUCGCAUCAGAACUUGGACUUAGCCCAUCAGUACCCGUUCAUGUAGUUCUCCAAGACUGGAUCAGACAUUCCGACGGGAAGCUUAGCUUCUUGGGUUUCGUCAGGCUUCUACACGGAGUCUCAUCCCGCGCUUUUCAAAAGGCUUGAAAUCAAAACCUGGCUACUCAAGGUUUUCGUCCCUUGCAAUACUUCCAAGCUCCUUGACCCGAAACAUCACCACGGGAACAAAAUGCGGUCUCUGAAUUUUCGGCAUCCUGAUAAGCCAGCAUUUUUCUUGGUCACAAGGAGAGGUGCUGUAGAGCGAAGAAAAAAGUAAUGCCAAUGUGGUAUAUGUUGCUACUGAUGAGGCCAUUCUAUUUCUAGCAUGUUAUGUUACUCAAGGGUUUUCCUGUUAAUUGGUGGUGUUCAGUUUAGAGGAUCGCACAGAUGAGGGUAGAUCAAGAAUGUAUUUAGAAUUAGCAAAACUGCUUUCAGAACUGAAGUAAGUUUUGGGGUCUAUUCGCUUGUGUACUUGCUGCACCCCCUUUCUUUUUUUUUGGUCCCCCUUGCUAGUUUUUAUAAAUAAAAUAUCAGUGUUCUUCUU